AUGAUUGUGUCUGAGCUGUCGCCGGGAACCCAAUCGACUGGCCGAGGAAAAAAAAAGACGGGGUUUACGAGUUUGGGGAUGGAAGGUGCCUACUGGCCAAACACAGCUGAUGUGGAUAUGGCAGGGACGUGUUUGACCGCCGGGUCAGCUCACGACAACCUGACAGUCGGCUUUAAUGUCACGUGCAAACGUCACAUACCCGCACUUCCCGCCUAUGCAGACAGCUGUACUGUGAACGUCUUUCUCUCGCCAAGCCACGUGGGCUUCAUUUCCUUGUCCCUUCAGUCACUCGUUUAUGGUUUCUUAGAAUUUUCUUUUCUUCAAUCCAUUUAUUUUAUUCUUUUCCCCCCUUAUUUUCCUCUCGCUAUAUUUUUCUUCAUACUGUCGGAUCUAUAUCCAUGUAUUUGCUUACAUAAUAUAAUAUCUAUCUAUCUAUCUAUCUAUCUAUCUAUCUAUCUAUCUAUCUAUCUGUUGUCGGAGUUAGCUCCUCCUCAGAUCCUUAACCCUUCACCAGGGUUGGACCGGCUAGCAGGAAAUUUUAACACCACGUGUGUUCUCCACCUCAUCACCCAACGGUCCGCUACACUAUCUAUCUAUCUAUCUAUCUAUCUAUCUAUCUAUCUAUCUAUCUAUCUAUCUAAACAAGGCUUACUGGCUAUCUUAGUCUGUUCCUCUGCACAGUCUGUUAAUAAUAUUAACAGACUGUGCAGAGGAACAGACUAUCUAUCUAUCUAUCUAUCUAUCUAUCUAUCUACAGUGUAA